AUGGUUGUUGUUUUCUUUACUGUUGUAUUCAUAAAGCUUUCAGAGACUAACUCUCUUCCACAUUUCUGCAUCUUCAUGGCGGCUGCUGCUGCUGAUUUAACUUUCAUAACUGAUCUUGAUGUCUUGAAGGACAACUUCACUAUGAAGCUUUGUGUUAUCAGAUUAUGGACACUGGAAUGUUACUAUAACAAAGACGAAAUUUUCUCCAUUCAAGUUAUUUUAAUGGAAGAACAUGGUAACAAGAUCCAAGGUUAUGUCCCCAAUGCUUAUGUUUACAAGUUUAGAAAAGUUCUAAAAGAAGGGGAAGCUUUUUUCAUCAAAAAUCCAAAUUUAGCAAAGAUUGAUGAAGAUGUUAUCGGUUUGGUGGUUGCAAUUGGUGAAAUUAAUGCUCGAAAUGAAGAUAGAAAGAUGCAUAAGAUGAGACUACAAAUCCAAGAUGCCAAUGGUUCUCAAUUGGAUGUUAACCUAUGGGGAGAUUAUUGUUACAAAUUCUCGGAUUACAUCCAAAAAAAUGCAAACAUUCUCCGCAUCGUAAUAAUCCUUCAAUUUGCAAAGAUUAAUGUCUGGCAAGAUCGCCGAUAUGUUAAUACAUACUAUGAUGUAUCGAAGUUCAUCAUCAAUAGUGACAUUGAUGAGAUAAAAGUUUUCAAAAAAAGUUUGAAUGAAGAUGGUCCCCAUGAAAACUCACCCUGUACUUUCUCUUAUAUGAAAUCUAAUCGAAUUUCUGAAAAGGAUGGAUUUUUGCUUAAUCAUGAGCCGAAAACAAUCUCUGAUAUUUUUGAACCCAUUGAGAUAAAAAAGUUCAUGAUUUCGGUAAGAGUGCAAGAUCAUACCGGAAGUAUCACUUUAACAAUGUUUGAACAAGAUGCGAAUAAGUUUCUAAAAAUUUCUGCAAAAGAUUUAGUUGCAAAAACAGCUAAGCUUGGGUUUUGUACUAACGUAUACCCAUCCGAUAUUAAAGCAUUGAAAGAUAUGAAAUUGGCUUUCAUUGUUUCUGUUUCAAAAUACAAUGUGCAAAGGAAUAGCAAUCAAUAUACUAUUUCCAAUAUUAGUGAUGAUGAGACUUUGAUUGAGGAGUUGGAGAAAAAGUUUGUCGUUGCAGAGGGAGGUAAUUCACAAUCAUUUGAACAUGGUACCACUGAUUGUGAAUCUCAAGAUAACAUAUUUAUAAAGGAUGUCAUAUCUCAUACUGAUGAUAAUGUGACACCAAUGAAUGUUUUCAAAUCGACAGCCACAAGCCCAAAUAAGAAUUUGGAUGCAACGAAAGAUUUGAAGCGAGCUCUUUAG